AGCUUAAAGAUGCAGUCUUAUGUAUGGCGCUAAUGCUAAUCCCCGAAAUUGCAUGCAGUAGCAAAUAGCAAUCAACUGAUACUUUUGGGCAGACGAAAACUCUCACAGAUCAAUUCCACUUAAAAAUAUUUGCAGAUUAAGAUGGGCGAAGUAUCCACUGAAGAACUGCCCAUAGAUAAUGCGCCGAUUAUCUCAUCCUACAAUGGCCGCAUCAGACCACUUCUCGACUGCAUCGACAAACUCCGAGACCUCAACAUCAUGCAAGAGGGCAUCCACCUUCCCACUAUCGUCGUCGUCGGCGACCAGUCUUCCGGCAAGUCCAGCGUGCUGGAGUCACUCGCCGGAAUCAGCCUGCCCAGAGGACAAGGGAUUUCCACCCGAGUCCCGCUUAUCCUCAGGCUCCAAAAUCAGCCUAAUCUUGCCAACCCAGAGAUCCAUUUGGAAUAUAAUGGGAAAGUUGUCCCAACCGGUGAACCCCAGAUUGCGGAAGCUAUAACUCUCGCCACCGAGGAGAUUGCCGGCCGGGGAAAAAGGAUUUCUCACUCCCCUUUGACGCUGCUAGUGAAGAAGAGCGGAGUUCCUGAUCUUACCAUGGUGGAUUUGCCCGGAAUCACCAGAGUUCCGGUUCAGGGCCAACCUGACGACAUCUACGAGCAGAUUUCCAACAUAAUUAUUGACUACAUAACUUCAGAAGAAAGCAUUAUUCUGAAUGUACUGUCGGCCACGGUCGACUUUCCGACAUGUGAAUCUAUCAGAAUGUCACGAAUAGUCGAUAAGACAGGAGAAAGGACUCUAGCUGUGGUGACUAAAGCUGAUUUAGCUCCACAAGGCCUUCUUGAGAAAGUGACAGCCGAUGAGGUGAAAAUUGGGCUGGGAUAUGUUUGUGUUAGGAACAGAAUCGGCUCUGAAUCUUUCCAAGAUGCCAGGAAUGAAGAAGCUAAUCUCUUUCAAACCCAUCCUCUCUUGUCCAGGAUUAACAAAUCCAUGGUUACAGUCCCGGUUUUGGCUGACAAGUUGGUGAGGAUCCAGGAAAGUAUCAUCUCGAAAUGCUUGCCCGACAUUGUUAAGAAAAUCAAGGAAAAACUUGCUACUAAUCUGGCUGAUUUGAACAGGCUCCCUCCAACUCUAACAUCUAUGGCUGAAGCUUUAACUGCAUUAGUGCGGAUUCUCAACUCUUCCAAGAAUUCGUUGAGGAAAAUUCUGGUGACAGGGGACUUUGAAGAGUAUUCUGAAGAGACAGAUAUGCACUGCACUAUCAAGUUGAUGGAAAUGCUCAAUCAAUACACUGCUGGGCUUAAAUCGGAAAGUCUCGAAAAUAAUGGCACUUUCUUGAUGGAUGAAAUUGCAGAACUUGAAACUGGUUUAAGAAAUUUCCUGCCCCAUCGUGUUCUUUCGUGUAUGCUACAGGGAAGGCUCAACAAAGUUUCUGUUAUGCUAGUGAAACUGGUGGGGGAGAUGUGGGAUUAUAUCGAAGCAGUCGUGAUCAAAGUACUUGUGCAUCAUGCUGAGAAUUGCCCACAACUCCAGUCUUGCACGAGGCGAGCUGCAGAGAAUUUGAUUGCCAAAAAGAAAGAGGAAUCGAUUAAUUGGGUGAUGCAGAUGAUUGGAAUGGAGAAGUUUGGAGGAUAUACCUGUAAUCCUGACUACCUCGCGACCUAUAAUAAUCUCAUGCGCAAGCAAGGAGAGUUGAUUGAAAGGGUUUUUGGCAAUACUCGGUACGAGUAUCAUUUCCAAAUCACUGAAAUUGGGGCUAAUGCAAUCCAACUUGGGCAUCUGAGGAGUCAUCAGCAAGAUAUGGUGAAACAAGCUUUCGAUAUAAAGAUGAGGAUGGUGGCUUACUGGAAGAUUGUCCAGAUGAGGCUUGUGGAUAGCAUGGCUUUGCACAUCCUAUUCCAAUGUCAAAAGCUAGUGGAUGUGGAGAUGGAAGAGGAAGUUGUAAAGGAUCUAUCGGCACCUCAUAAUGGAGGCAUCGAGAGGAUGCUAGACGAACCGCCUAUAGUUGCAGAGAAACGUCAAUGCUUGAGCAAAAGUGUCGAGGUGCUCGAGGAAUCGAGGGAUGUCGUGGCCAAGAUCAUGGACAGAAUUACACUCGGUGAUGAAUGAUGAGAAGUUUGGAGGUUGUGUUUCCAGUCACCACAAAAGAUCUUGCACCAUUAAGGAAGUGGCUUGACAAACUGUGUAAAUAUAUAAAAGGAUUCCAUAAAUGUUGUAUCUGUGAAUAUAGUAA